AUGUACAAGUUCUCUGACUUGCCCCCCCCAAAUUCGCUUUGCCUCACACACUCUCCUGGAGUCACAAGAAUACGAUAUAGCAAUCCCACGCCGGCUCAGCUUAGGUUUGGAUAUGACACCGACGUAUGCACCCCACCGAAAGCCAGUAAACUUGAUAUCAACGUAGCAACUGCACAGGACUCCAGGAGACGUCGCAGACCACUGGAACGCUCAGGAGCCACCGAGAAGCAUCCUUCCUCCCAAUUCCACAGCACCAGAGCAGACUGGGCAAUACUCAGCGAGAGCGGAGGGUACCAAUGCGGUAAUGCUGCCGCUAGUAGACCGGUGCAACCACGAAAUGGUUCUUGGAACGUCAUCGACCAGAUUUUCCACGAGCCGAAGAGUCUAUCGUCCUGGGGGAUUCUCAAUUACUCAAGGCUACUGAUCGUUGUCUGGCAGAUAUAUCCCCACCUGCAGCAAGUCAAUCAUGUGCUGGCGCGUCGUCUGUGGUGA